UCUAUUUCUCACUGUUCUUGAUUCGAUGCCCAUGCCAAUUGAAUUCGUGGCGCAGAGUUAGAUGCAGAGGCAGAGAAGAACAGGGAACUUUCCUGUUCCUUUUGAGCUAGGAAAUUGCUGGAUUGAUCUCAGCGGAGGAGAAAGCAAAGCGUCUGCAUCGGCGCACUCAAAAGCGACGCCAUGAUCUCGCCAAAAGUUAGAAAGAUGAAAUCUUUUCUUUCCUGCUCCAGCCAGCUCGCGGAAUCAUGGCAGCGGAGCGUGCUGAGAGAGAGAGAGAUCCAGUAGGUGCGUGAAGCUGCGGAGACUGCACUGGGCUAUUUGCUGGGAGGUGCGGAAUCGGCGGGUUGUAGUGCUGUUAAGGAUCAUCAGAUGAGGGGAGGGACGCCCCUUGCCGUCCCACAAAAUGGGGCUUCUUUGCAGGUCUUGGAGGGAGAAGAAGGUCUCCUCUGGUGCGCUACUUCUGCUAUGGUUGCUAAGAGGAAGGAGAAAGGAAGGGAGAAGGAAAAGCUGCUGCUUGAGCCGCGUUCGGUGCUGGAAAGCAGGCGGAGCCCUAGCCCGCCGAGUUCCUCCGCCUCGACGCUGUCGUCCUCACUCGUCGUUGGUGGAGGAAGGUCUGCCUCCUCUGACGGAUCCGCGAUCACCGCCACUCCCUCGGCGGCGGCGGAAGGGGCCUCGAGGGCGGAGAGCACGACAGAGCUUCUGCCAGUACCAGCUUCCCUCGCCGGUGAUUUGGAAGGCUUGUUCUGCGAACCGGCCGCCUCAAUAGGACAAGACCAAAACUUUCUUGGGUGGAUCAUCAGCGAGGCUGAUGACACCUCCGGCGGCGGUAACUUCGAUUCGCUCUGCGUUUUCGAAGGUGCUGACAGUUUUGGUUGCGGGAUCCCGAACCCUAAUCUUGGCCUUGCUCCUUCAGCCGAUAUCCUCCCUCUUCUGUUGCCUCCGUUGCCGGCGGAGCUUCAUUUGCAAGACGAAAAGCAUCUCCUUCCCAAUCAGGAGAACCAGGCCCAACCACCACAGCUCUUCCCUUCCUUCUUCCUCCCAUUUCAUCAGCAGUCGACUACCUACCACCGGGGUCAGCCGUGGAAGCACCUCGCCCCUCCUACACGCAAACGCCCUGCCGUCGAUCCCUUCCCUACCUCUCGUGCUCCUGAGCUCCUCUGCCAAAACGUCCCCCAUCAAAUGGGAUUCAGACGACAGCUCGAUGCCGCUGGAUUCCAGCUUCAACCGCCGUCAGUAAAGCCCAAAUUAGCAAGUGGAGACGAGCCGUCCGUGGCAGCUGCGACCCCAGUUCAGCAGCAGCAACGGGCAUUGUUCGACCAGCUCUUCGAGGUGGCAGAGUUGAUCGUGGCCGGGAACACCUUCAGCGCCCGUGGGAUAUUGGCGCGGCUCAAUCACCAGCUCCCUUCUCCAUUGGGGAAACCUCUCUUGCGGUCUGCUUUCUACUUCAAGGAGGCUCUCCACCUCCUCGCCAGCAAUUCCCCCCAAGCACCGCCGCCGGUGUCGACACCAUUGGAUGCGCUGCUCAAGUUCGCCACCUACAAAACCUUCUCCGACGUCUCGCCCAUUGCCCAAUUCACCAGCCUAACCUGCGUCCAGGCCAUCUUGGAGGCACUUGACGGUGCUACCUGCAUCCACAUCAUUGAUUUCGACAUUGGCAUCGGCGUGCAGUGGUCAGCCCUUAUGCAGGAGCUAGUUCACCGGUGUUCAUCAGCAGUGGCUGCUCCGCCAUACCUAAAGAUCACUGCUUUUACAUCUCCCUGCUCCCAUCACCCUCUAGAGCUGCACCUCAUUCACCAGAAUUUGCUCCAGUUUGCUAGAGGUCUUGGCCUCGUUUUCGAAUUCAACAUUCUCGACCUUGACCCGUUUGAUCCAUCAGCGCUCUUAAGAAUGCGUCCCACGCCCAAUGAGGCAGUCGCCGUGAAUCUCCCUGUUGGUUCUUCAAUCGACCUGCUUAUUCUGGAUCUCCUACGCUUUGUGAAGCAGCUUUCCCCAAAGAUUUUGGUCUCUGUUGAUUAUGGAUACGAUCGCAUCGACCUACCUUACGGGCACAAUAUUCUCAGCUCAAUUCGGUCAUGCAUACUUCUCCUCGAUUCAAUCGAUGCAGCGGGUACCAAUCCAGACGCCGCCAACAAGAUCGAACGUUUCUUAGUCCGGCCAAGGAUUCAAAAUGCUGUUUUCCGACACCUUCAUUUGUCGAACAAGAAGGCAGUUUCAUGGAGGCAUCUCUUUAGUUCUGCUGGAUUCGUGCCUGUGCAGUUCAGCAACAUCACAGAGACACAAGCAGAAUGCCUUCUGAAGAGGGUGCUGGUUCAGGGAUUCUCCGUCGACCGGAGCCAAACUUCCCUUUCCCUCUGCUGGAAGCGCGGGGAGCUUGCAUCAGUAUCAGCAUGGAAGUGACGAGCUCUUUGCUUCCUUUAUUGAUCGUAAUCGGUAUCGAAAUAUGUUUUAAGGUGUAAAUUGUUGUAGUAAGAGCUUCCCAUCGUAGCUGA